UCUUGCCGUACUCCUUUUCACCCUCUGCUUCUCUCACCCAUCUUGUUAACACUCUUAUUCAAAGGCUUGGGAAGUUGAUCCGUGAAGAGUUGGAAGGAGAUGUCAACAGCUCUGCAACUCCCAGUCAUUGACCUGUCCGCACCGGCUCGAUUCUCUACCGCUGCUUCAAUCCGUCAGGCAUGCAUAGAGUAUGGGUUCUUCUACCUUGUGAAUGCUGGGUUAGAGAAAGAGUUGCUUGACAGGGUAUUUGAAGAGAGCAAGAAGUUCUUCUCGUUGCCUUUGGAGGAAAAGAUGAAACUGGGUCGCAAGGAACAUAGAGGUUACACGCCACUGUACGCCGAAAACCUCGAUCCUACUUCGUCCUCCAAAGGCGACUCCAAAGAGGGUUUUUAUAUUGGCCCUUUAGAAGACAUUACGACUCCAGUUGUUUUAAAUCAAUGGCCUUCACAAGACAUUCUGCCUUCUUGGAGACAUACAAUGGAGAGCUUCCAUAGGAAGCUCCUGUUGGCUGGAAAAAGAUUAGGUUCUCUGAUUGCUCUGGCUUUGAACUUAGAGGAGGACUUUUUUGAAAAAGUGGGGGCCUUGGAUAAACCAAUGCCAUUUCUUCGCCUUCUGCACUAUCCAGGUGAGAUGGGAUCUUUUAAUGAAGAAAUUUAUGGUGCCUCUGCUCAUUCAGAUUAUGGAAUGAUCACUCUUCUGGCAACCGAUGGUGUUCCAGGGCUUCAGGUCUGCCGGGAAAAAUCCAAGCAACCACGAGUUUGGGAGGAUGUACUUCAUGUAGAUGGGGCCUUAAUUGUGAAUAGGGACAUGAUGGAGAGGUGGACUAAUUGUUUAUUCCGGUCAACGCUGCACAGAGUGAUGCCAGCUGGAAAGGAACGCUAUUCUGCAGCUUUCUUCUUAGAUCCCAACCAAGACUGUCUUGUGGAGUGCCUGGAAAGUUGUUGCAGCGCAUCAUCUCCACCAAGAUAUCCCCCAAUUCGUAGUGGCGACUACCUGAAAGAGAAGCUCACACUUACAUAUGCCUCGUAGGGUGGAGUUCAAAGGCAUGGGGUGAACCUAAAAGAUCUGAAGUUGCUGAAGUGAAAGAUGUCUGUGUACCUGGUACAAUUUGAACACAAAUAUAUAUAAAAUAAUUGCAACUUGGGACUUUAUUUUCCUAA